UUUGCUUUCAAAACUAUAGCGCGCAGUGAGCUGAGGCGUUUAUACAGGUAGCAGUCGCUCAGCUGGUGUUGGUUGCCCCCUUUACCCCCCUGGGGUACUAAUUGGCCUAAGCCAGCGACAUAGGAUGGAUGUUCUAGAGCAGUUUCUUUCAGGAGAUGAAGAAAAACUGAAUGCCUCUGAACUCGAGAACAUUUUACAACUAUUGUCUGAUGAUGUCCAGGCCAAAAGGGAGCUUUUGGAAGAAAACAAGGCAACAAUGUUGGAUCUAGAAGCAGAAAUAAAAGAGAGGAGCUUAGAGAGAGACUCCUUAGUGGCUCUGAUGGCCCAGACUGUGGAUCUGGACGGUUUGCUCGUGAAGGAAGCAGAGACAAAUGAAAAACUGCAUGCGGCUUCACUGGAGCUAGAAAAAAUAAAAGAACCUUCUCACUCAGAUCCCAGUAAAGUGUCUGGUGACAGCAGACUGGAGAAACUGGAUGCCGAUACAGACAAGGCUAUUGCCGCUUUAAUUCAGAAGGAAAAACAGCUCUUGGGACAAAAAGAACACCUGUUGAAGUUAAUGGAAAUUGCCCAAAGGGAUGAGCAGAGAGCAAAAGAAGAGCUGUCGGACGCACUGAGGGCAUCCUCUGCCCGUGUAUCGGGAAGCGGCACCCAGCGGAGUGAAGCUGAUAUCCUGCUGGACACGUGCAUAAAGGAGAUGGGUUUGCUGGACAUUGUACCAAACGUAAAGCACGAAAGAAAAAAUAAGCACUGA